AUGAAGGGCUACCCUGAGGAAGAGGAAAUGUUGGAAAUAGGAACAUUUCAGCGUCGAGAGCAAUAUCACCCUUACCCGCAACAACAAGCUUAUAUAGAAGAAUAUCCUGCCAGGCCAGCCAGAGGCACUCCGAGACCUCCGAGGCCAAAUUCAUACUCACGGCCAAAUUCGUUUCAUCCCGAGGAAUACGUAUCUUCAUCGCCAGUCUGGCCACCUUCAAUUGGUGGUCGUUCGGAAUCCCAGACGUUGGUAGACAGCGCUGCCGGUUCCCGUUCUAGUGUUCGCUCAUGGCGGACUGGGCAACAGACGCCGGUCGACUCUUCCGUUUCCCCUCGGUAUGGUGUUCCAUUCCACAAUGAAUCUGGCCCGUCAACGCCCAUGAACCAAAGUCAAAUCAGCCUCACAGGACUCCUCAAGCAAGCUCAACCACCAGCUGGAGGCAAGGAUUGGAUUGACCGUGAGUCCAUCGAUAUCGUGCACAAGCGAGAUGAUAGCGACAUCUGGAAGGGCUGGAGACGUCACUUGUUCAGACUGGUUCCCGUCUUGACGUUUGCCAACACUGGUUUAUACCUGGCUUAUUUGGCUUUGCGUAUUGCAUGCGUUAUUUGGGCUCAGAACGCACAGGAGACAACCUAUGCCGGCGCUUGGAUCUUCAUUGCCGUGGAAAUCGCUGUGGCUGUUCCGUCCCUGAUGCACAACAGCUGGACUAUGAUGUCAAUGAAGAAGCGAUAUAGACAGAAGCUCCGACUUAGAGGGUACGACGUUCCGACUGUCGAUGUCUUCGUCACCUGUUGCGGCGAGGAUGAUGAUCUCGUCAUGGACACUGUUCGAGGCGCGUGCGACAUUGACUACCCCUACGAGAAGUUCCGUGUCAUCGUUUUGGACGAUGCCAAAUCUGCAACCCUGGAGGCUGCCAUCUGUCGUCUUGCCGCGUCCUCUCCCAACGUCUACUACAUGGCUCGUGAGAAGAUUCCUGGGCAACCUCACCACUUCAAGGCCGGAAAUCUCAACUAUGGCCUCGAGCAAAGCCAUUUACUUCCAGGCGGCGCCGGCCAGUUCAUGGCUGCCUUGGAUGCCGACAUGAUUCCUGAGCGUGACUGGCUUCGAGCUGUCCUCCCUCAUCUUCUCAUCGAUCCUAAGAUGGCUCUCGCCUGCCCCCCUCAACUGUUCUACAACACGCCUCCAUCCGACCCCCUGUCUCAAAGCCUUGACUUCUUCGUUCACGUUAUCGAGCCCAUCAAGGACUCGCUCGGCGUCGCCUGGUGCACCGGCUCUGGUUAUGUUGUCCGGAGAGAGGCCCUCGAUGAGAUUGGCAACUUCCCUCUGGGGUCCUUGGCUGAAGAUGUUGCCACCUCUACUCUCAUGCUCGGCAAGGGCUGGAAGACUGCCUAUGUUCACGAGCCUCUUCAAUUUGGUACCGUUCCUGAGGACUUUGGCAGUCACUUGAAGCAGCGGACUCGCUGGGCCAUCGGAACCGUGGACACGUCGUUCAAGCUCAAGUUUUGUUUGUGGGGCGAAAAGGUUCGACAGAUGUCAUUUGCUCAACGGUUUUCUGGAUUUCUCUAUGCCAUGCUCAGCUUGUACACUAUUCUUCUCACCAUUUCGCUGUUUGCCAUUCCCAUUAUUCUGAUCAUGGGUAAGCCACUGGUUGCGUACGCCACCGAGGAGCAACUCCGUUGGCUCAUUCGCGCAUGCUUUGCUGCGACCAUUAGCAACCGCCUGUGCGAAUACCAGCUGUGGAUGUCGCCGUACAUCGCCCUCUGUCUUAUUCGCUCCUUCAUGCUGCCAAAAUGGCUCGGUGGUCAGGUGCAGGCUUUCAAGCCUACCGGUUCUUUGGCCUCGGCCUUGAAUGAGCGUGAUCCUGCCCUGAAGAGGAGCAUGGUGCGUCGAAUCUGGACAAUUCUCAUCAACUACAUGGGCAUCUUCCACCUGGCGUUUGUCUACCUGACGCUUGUGGCUGUGGUCCUGACGUCGUAUCGAUGUUUUGUGCGCACAGAUGAUACGCGCUCGCUUCUGCUAUGCCUGGUGACGCACGCAUUCUGGCCGCCGUUGACUUUCAUCUUCAUCUGCAGCUCUCUCUGGACCCCAGUUGCGUACGCCAUCGACCCUCCGCAAAUGCCAGACCGUGAGCAGCUUCUCGACCGCGAUCCCAAGACAAUGGUUGCCCAUCCCAAUGCCAAGAGCAAGAAGAUUGCUUUUGGUGGGCAGGCUGCCUGGUUUGAGUUUGAAUUGACCACGUCGACCUUGUAUACCACGCUGGUCUUUGUGGCCUCAUUUAUCUUUUAA